AUGAGCGCGAUCAACGACUACGACGGGCCCUCGCUGGCCACAUCAUCCACUUCGACGGCCGAACAAAUCGUGCCCAUCCACCUCACCACCUCGCUGUCCCAAUAUGCCAUCCCCUCGGGUCCCUACAUGGUGCCCAUCUCAUGGCGCCGCACGCACCUCUCUACGCUCGUCAACAAGCUCGUCUCCUCCACCUCCGAGUCCACCGGUGCGGUCCCAUUCGACUUCAUCAUCGAUUCUUCGCUGCUUCGAACCACUCUCGGCGAGUUCCUCGAGUCGAGCGGGUUGACGUCCGAAUCGACGCUCAACAUCGAAUACGUCCGUUCGACGCUACCGCCCACACGACUGGCCGCGUUCGAGCACGACGACUGGGUCUCCUCCGUCGACUGCACCUACGCAAAGAGUCGAGCCUACAUGACGAGCAGCUUCGAUGGCAGCAUCCGCAUCUUCAGCCCAUCCAACCCCACCGAGGCAGCACACACGUUUAGCACGGUGCACAAGAGCACGCUGCAAAGUGGUCGAAGUGGCGGAUUGACAUGCGCGAGAUGGACGGUGGAUUGCGAAGCGGUGGUAACGGGCGGUAUGGAUGGACGUGUCCAGCUGUGGAGUUUGAGCGAAGAAGAAGGGUGGAGGAGCGGGAGGAAGUGGGUUGGUGAGGCGCAUAAUGGGCCGGUGGGCGCGGUGGAUUGCGCACAGGGGACGGACGUGACGAGUGUUAUUAGUGGUGGGUGGGAUGGUGUGGUUGCUGUGUGGGAUGACCUUGUUUCGUCGGUGGAGGUGGAGAGCGAUGAGGAGGAGGAGGAUGGGGCGAACAAGCGACGCAAGACCGUCAACGGGUCGAAAUCUACCAAGACCACCGGCUCGAAGGCGGGCAGUAUCGAACCCACGAUGGUGCUCUACCACGCGCAGCCCACCGCCCACGCCGUGACUGGCGCCAAGAACGUUUUCACCCCCACCUCGCGCGUUUCGUCCUUGCUAUUCGAACGUUCUCCCUCUGGUAAAGACGCCAACCGCGCCUGGUCAACGGGGUACAACGGUCAACUCAAAGGUUGGGACCUCUCCAGUGGCGGUGUUACACACACCUCCCUGUCCCUCCCUUCCUCCACUUCGGAAGCGCGACCCAUGCUCUCCCUCGCUCAACUGGCAAGCGGCUCCCUCGUGGUAGGCACCACAGACCGCGCCGUCCACCUCUUCGACAUCCGCUCGUCGUCCAACACGCUCGGAGUGCACAUCGCAAACGCACACCGCGGCCCCGUCGACGUGGUCGCCGCCCACCCGAUCGACGGAAACCUGUUUGCGAGCGGUAGUGGCCUAGAAGGCGGGGCGAAGGUGUGGGAUGUGAGGAGUUGUAAGAAGGCGCUCUUCACGCUGGAUGGUGGGGUGCAAAAGGGGGAGAAGGGAACACUGGCAUUGGGAUGGAGUCGGGAUGGACAGGAGGUGGUGGCGGGUGGCAAGGAUAAGUGUAUUACUGUUUUCAGGGGUAGCAGCAUUGGUGUCAGCGAGACGACGGUUUGA